UGAUAGUGCACACAUAUCUGUUUUAUAUUUAGGUCGUUCACUUUUAAGUUAGCUGAUGAAAAUCCGAAAUUAAAUUUUUCAGGAAAAAUGAACAUUCUUUUGAAAAAGAAUCUUCUGCUAGAAAAUACUCCAUAGAUUUUCUAUGGGAAGUUUAGGUAAAGAGAGUUUAUUGUUGUUGCCACUAUUCACAGCAGAGGGCACUGUGGCGUCAUGUUAGCCUUAUGCAGAAGAAGAAGAAGCUCUGUUGUGAACGUUAAGGAUCCAUGUGUAACUAGUGUUUCAUUGACUCCAUUUAAAAUGAAACACUCUGAAGCAGAGCAACUGCAUCCCUGCCUCUAUUUAGAAGUCUGUUCCCAUAACGAGGAGCCGCGUCUGCCCCUGCACACCUCCAUCGUCCUGUUCCUCCUGUCUUACUGCGAGUCCAAGUCUUUCAAAGUCUUCCUGGUUCGCAGAGACAGCAACAACAAACGUUUCCCUGAAUCCCAGAGGUUUCACCUCCCAGAGUCUCUGAGUGUGUGCGACGACUUCCUCUCCCCGGAGGGUCUCCCGCGGCUGGUGAAGGGUUGCCGUCUCCCGGCUGCCGUGGAUGAGAGCGGGCGGCUCUGCCGGGCUGGGCUGGCGGUGGUCCUUAGGCACAUCAUCAUCAGAACCAUCGAGGCUGACCCCUCCAGGAAGGAUGUGCAGGAGCUGCUGGGGUUUAAAAAAACAUGUCUGAAAGCUUGUGCAGAGGUGAGCAAAUGGACCAGACUGUGCGAACUGGGCAUCCCCUCUGCAGUCGAGGAACACCUCCAGAAGCCCACGGGACAGGCCCAGCUGCUGCCUCCUGCUAUUGUUACCCUCGAGCGACGACUCGCCGAGCCCGUCAAAGUACACAACGACGACAAAAUCCGGAGACAGAAGCUCCAAGAGCAGAGGCAAAGGCAAAAGAACGGCGCGCCUGAAGGCGAGGGGAAACCCGAACUUGAAGGGCUCGAGCUCAGGGCGGCUCUGGCCAAACUGGCAGUGGAUUCAGUUCCGGCAGGGACCACUAGAGAGAACUCUGAGAUCAGGAAAGUGAAGACGACGGAUCUGCCUGAACUGGAGCAUGUGUUUGCUGAGGGACUUUACUUCACUCUGACUGAUGUCGUGCUGCUGCCCUGCAUUCAUCACUAUCUGUGUUCGCUCCAAGCCCACGCACCGAGCACUCUGCAUCAUCUCCCCCGUCUCCUGCGCUGGUACGGUCGCGUUCAGGAAGUACCCGGGGUCCUUCGAGCAGCCGAGGACUGUGGGCUCGUUCUGUCCGAAGUCCAGGUUCCAACACCCAGCCUCUUUGGGCCACCACAACAGGAGAACCGUGAUGACCUGCUGCCUACAGAGGGUCAGGAGGUGACCCCAAACCUUCAUUUCGUCGGCGGUCCGAGGCCCACAAUGACUAAGCUCAAAGAAAAUGGCAUCGAGGCAGUCUUCUCUCCUCAUCCUUGCCCUGGUUGGACUCUCCCGUGGGAUAGAUUACCAGCAGCUAUCAACCCCACCGAAGGAAAAAUGUCUGACAUCCGAGCCGUCAGGAAAAUGCAACAGCUAAAUAACUUGGCUGCGAUGGUGACAGAGCUAGCCAGGCCGGGCGACACAAUAGUGGAUUUCUGCAGUGGAACGGGUCAUGUGGGGAUUGUUCUGGCUCACACACUUCCAGAUUGCCAGAUCAUCCUCAUAGAGAACAAAGAGGAGUCUUUGGUUAGAGCCCAACGUCGCAGCACUGAGCUCGGCCUGAAAAACAUUGGUUUCCUUCAGGCCAAUUUGGAUUACUUUACUGGACCGUUUCAGAUUGGGGUUGCCCUCCAUGCGUGUGGGAUUGCGACAGACAUGGUGUUGGAGCACUGCAUCCAGGCGGGAGCCUCCUUCAUCAUCAGUCCUUGUUGCUACGGCUUCAUCCAGAAUGCAGUCAAGUUCACCUUCCCUAAGAGCAAAAUGUUUCAAGAGACUCUCACAUCCAAGGAACACAUGAUCCUUUGCCGCUUUGCAGAUCAGACUGCGGUCCAGUUGCCACCUGAGAGGCGCCUCAUUGGAAAACACUGCAUGGGCUUGGUGGACUUGGACCGGGCUUGGGCUGCAGAGACUCACGGGUACUCGGUUCAGGUGAUGACCAUGGAGCCUGAAAGCUGUUCGCCAAAGAACAACAUGUUGAUGGGAAGGCCGCCGCAGAGGACUGCAGAGCCAGCUGGACACGUCGACGCAUAAUCAGGACCGUGAUCCCUGCUGCACAGCUGAGCGUCUCCAGAAUCGUUGAAAUUGACGCCGGGUCUCGCUUUGGCAGAAGCUUUUCUUUUAGAUAUCCGUUUUCAAGAAGUCUUGGUUUCAUGCAAGGUGGAAACUGUCAAACUGCAUUUUUAAAAGUUAAAAAUAAACUUGGAACCAACAAGGACGGAAGGUGUUUUUCUUUGAACCGGGACUUUGUCAGAGAUACUCUGCCACAUAAUUUGCAGUACCAUGAUUGUGUUUUCGCUGACACUGUGUGAUCAAGCUGUCCAAGUACACAGAAGCAUCGGUAAUUUUACACUUACUUUGUUAAUUAAGCAAAUCAAACGUCCGCACUUGCAGACAAUCUGCAUAAGCAGUCAGCACCUUCUGAUUAACUGUGGGGGAAAUAUCAGAGCUAUGAGACUCAUCUGCAGGUGAAGAUCAACUAGGGGAUACCCUCGGCACUACCUCACCUUCAUUUCUGUGUGUUUUAAUCAAGUAGCGCGAGAGAAGCACCUUUAGAGGCAAAAAGCAGCUUUCAGCUCCAAGUGUUAAACUCUUGUGCUGUUAAACUCUUGACUUUAAAUUAAGUCUUUGUGGAAUUCUGUGGAGAGAGUGAAUAUUUCUCAUAAAAGAUAUGUAAAUAGUCCAGCAUCCUGCAAAAGAACUCGCAUCCAUUGGAUUUUUACAGAUGUUGAUGUUACCUGCAGAUGUUAGAUUUUUAUAUGAUGCACUGCAUGAUUGUGAGUUGGUAGCAAAAUUAUCUUUUUAAACAUUUCUACAGGUAGAAUCUGAAGUGAGCUAUAGGCCCUACUAGCCCCCCCACCUCCCCAAUUAUUAUAUAAUAAAGCCUUCCUGUUUUUUCUUUUGCUUUGUUCUGGACUUUGACUAGGCCAUUUUUACAUGUCUUUAAUUGACACACAUGGUUUGAUUGUUUCGUUGUAGCUCUGACCGUAUGUUUACCAUACGUGUUAUUCUUCUACAAUAUUAUCCCUGUGGCAAUGAUGUCUUCAGCAUUUAAGCAGUGUUGGCUAAAUUUGCCCUUUUGAGAGACAAUUCCCCCCCCCCUUUGCGUUUUAUAAAGAUCAUAUUUCUGAACUUCAAGACUUCUAAUUGUCCUGUCUGUGGAUUCUCGUACUGAAGCUGUGGGCUUCUGGAGCACCUUAUGAGAAACUACCAUGAUCCUCUUGGCUGCUUCACUGAGUAGUUCUCUCCUGGCCCAGUGUAUCAGUUCAAGUGGCCACGUUUGGUAAGUCUGCAGUCGUACCAUACUUUUCCAUUUCUACAAAUACAUAGAACACAUUUUAGAUUUAUAUAUAUUUUUUACGGUUUUCUUCCAAUUAACAAAUGUGUUGGUUUCUUACGCAAACGUUUCUGGAGCUGAUAAAAUAUGUCAAAAAAAAAAAAAAAAAAAGUUAAAACUGUGAUUUCUUUUUCUAUCCGCUGUGUACAUCCCCUAUCUUACAUUCAGCAGUAUUUAUUAAUGAAUGAUUGUGUCAAAAAGAUUGGUGUACUUGGUAACUUUUAGAUAGGGAGGCUUUGAGGGAGAUGCAUCUAUACUCAUCUGAAUUCUGUCAGCAGAGUCAGUCGGUCCCGAAGUGAAUCUCCACAGACACAGCUUGUUUCAAGGACUGGGAUUUUUCCUCAAGAGGAGGCGUCUGACUCCCUGUUCACGUUUGUGACUCUGCAGGAGAAUACGCAGGUGGCGUGACUAGAAGCCUGCAUCUAAACCUGUGAAAUUGCUUGAUUUAAGCUGAAGGGAAGAUACUGGAGGUUGACCGGGGUGCCUUAUUAUUGCAGGUGGAGUGGAUUAGUUGAUUUCACUUUUAAACAAGGAUCGUUCUCUUGAAGCUUUUCAGUGAGUGCAUCGCGCUGAUGUGCUAAGACCUCGAUAUUAUUCCGAAACUGGAUAAUUAACAUUUCUUUUAGUGUCAUUUUCGAAGCCGAGUCAAGAAGAUUAUUUGCUUUUGUCUAGAGUAAUCUGAUACUUUGUGCAAAUUGUUUUCAAAGAAGACAGCCAUUUCGUCUGUGAGUAGUAUUUAUCCAGAAGAUCUCCAUAAUCAGAUGUGUGGAUACCUGAUUUAGCUUUCAAAAGGUUUUGCAGCAAAACUAAUUCAGCUUCCCAAGUUGUAACAGUUUAUCCACCAGCCCACCUUUUUUUCUUUUUACUGAUACCCCUGUGUUGUAAACAGUCUGUUGUUAUAUACAUAGGCCCCUACCUUUUGUGAUCAAGCAGAUAAGAGCUUUCCAAAUUAACAAUUUAUAUGUUGUUUAUGUUUUUUGGUUACUGAAGUAAGCAUGCAAAAAGUAA